GAAAAAUCUCAUGCCGGUUUCUUGCUGUAGCUGUAAGGUGUUUAAGGAAAGGAAAAUGGUACAGGAACUCUUACCUUUAUCCAAAUUCCCUUGUGUUGUAGUUCUUUGUGAACGUGAUCCUAUUGUUCUUUCAUCAAAACCUUACCAAUUUAAUAUCAAUGGCUACUCUUAACUUUAUCACUCCUCGCAAAAUCUCUCCACUGUCCAAACCCAUCGAACUAUCCCAUAAACCCAACACCUCUCCUCUUCUCCUCUCUACCGGACUCUUUAGAAAACCCAAACCAUCAAAAAGUUCGCUCCCUUUAACAAAUAACAGAAAAAGAUGGGCAAGUGGGUCGCUAACAGAGGACAGGGAAGUUCCAGUAAAGGAUAGUCGUCUCAAGGACCAAGAAAAUCCUUCAUUCUUUACAGGGUCUAAUGAUUUUGAGGAUCUUUCAUCUUCUUCUAUCAAAGAGAAAGGAGAAGGCGAUGGAAAUGGAAAUGGUGAUAAAGAGAAGUUCAUUAGUAGAGCAAUUAACGCUAGUAUUGUUUUGGGUUUUGGGACUCUUGCUGUCAGUAAGUUGCUCACUAUUGAUCAUGAUUAUUGGCAUGGAUGGACCCUUUAUGAGGUACUACGGUACGUGCCUGAACACAAUUGGAUUGCAUAUGAACAAGCUCUCAAAACAAACCCCGUUUUAGCCAAAAUGGCUAUUAGUGGGAUUGUGUACUCUAUAGGAGAUUGGAUUGCACAAGUAAUGCUGAUGAAGGCUCUUUUUCCUUUUGAAGAUUGGUGGGUGGUCCCUGCCAAAGUUGCCUUUGACCAAACAGUGUGGUCAGCAAUUUGGAACAGCAUCUAUUUCACAGUGUUGGGUUUCCUUCGUUUCGAGUCACCGGCCAAUAUUUUCAGUGAACUGACAGCAACAUUUUGGCCUAUGUUGACUGCGGGAUGGAAACUUUGGCCUUUUGCUCACUUGAUUACAUAUGGUGUUAUCCCUGUUGAGCAAAGACUUCUUUGGGUGGAUUGCGUGGAACUCAUCUGGGUCACCAUACUCUCUACUUAUUCAAAUGAGAAAUCAGAGUCUCGAAUAUCAGAGGCAACAUCAGAAUCAGAUCCCAAUUCUUCAACCAAUCCAUCUGAGGAGUAACUGGAAGGCCAUAUAACUUUAUGGGAAGGAAUUUGUAAUUGUUGGUCUAUAGAUUGACUGACCAUGUCCACCUCUCUGCUUCUAGAAGCCAAACAUAUUUCAAUAGAAUGGACAUGAGGAAAGGCUAAUAAGAUCAUGGAGCUGUAUUUAUUAUUUUCUUUUACAUAUGUUUACAGUCUCACUGUCAAAUCCACAUUGAGAAUCAGAGAACGGAGUGGCAAAUAUUGCCCCAUUGUUGUAUUAAGGUUAUGCUAAUCGAUAUAUUGAAAUGAUGAAAAGGGAGAAUGUAUAUGAAGCACUAGUUUACUAAUUACUUGAAAGAAGUACAAAAUUCAGUUCAUCCCUUCUCGAUUUCAGCCUUAAAA